AUGAAGGUUACACUCUUUGCAGCAGUCUCUGUCGCUAUUAGCGGCGCAAAUGCCGCUGUAGGCAUGUGGCAGCAAUGUGGAGGUAUCAAUUAUACCGGCGAUACGACUUGCGUCUCUGGAGCAAUGUGUUACAAAUACAAUGAUUGGUACUUUCAAUGCAUCCCGGCAACCACGACCACCAGCCCCUCGUCGACGCGAUCCAGCUCCUCUUCAAGACAAAGCUCGAGCACGAGCACUCGCAGCUCUUCGACUUCUUCGCGAAGCACAAGCACGAGCACGCGAACAAGCAGCACUACGACGACCUCUCCUUCCGCGACCAUUUCGCCCCUUCACGACAUUGCUGUAUCAAAGGGCAAGCAAUAUUUCGGUGUCGCUGUAGAUUCAAAUGAACUGGCAAAUGCUACGUACAAGGUGCUUUUGGACGACCGCCACCUUUGGGGUCAAAUGACUCCUGGAAACAAGAUGAAGUGGGAUGCCACCGAGCCUUCGCGCAAUACCUUUACCUACUCGGACGCAGAUGCGCUCGUUGUUUGGGCUCAAGGUAGCGGCAAGGAGAUUCGUGGACAUACACUUGUCUGGCAUAAUCAGCUUCCCUCGUGGCUCACCAACGGUGGCUUCAACAAUGCGACGCUAGUCUCCAUCUUGCAGAACCAUGUUACAAACCUUGUGACCCACUUCUCCGGCAAGGUCAAGACUUGGGACGUUGUCAAUGAAAUCUUCGAAGAAGACGGCUCAUGGAGAUCCAGCGUGUUCUAUAACACGAUUGGAGAGUACUUUGUCGACAUUGCCUUCCGCGCUGCAGCCGCUGCCGAUCCCAAUGUUGGCCUCGCAGCAAACGACUACAAUCUUGACUAUGGAGGAUCAAAAGUAACGGCAUAUGUGAAUCUCGUCAACCGACUCAAGAGCCGCGGCGUCAAGAUCACCCAAAUCGGGUCUCAAUCUCAUCUCAUCGUUGGCUCCAUGCCAUCCUACUCGACGCUCGUCUCCAACUACAAUGCCUUUGUCGCGACUGGAGUCGACGUCGCGAUUACGGAGCUCGACAUUCGCAUGACGUUGCCAGUCACUGAUGCACUCCUUGCUCAGCAGAGGAAGGAUUAUAACACGAUUAUUCGCGCCUGUAUGGCCGUGCCGAGGUGUAUCGGAAUGACCGUCUGGGCAUACUCCGACUACUAUAGCUGGAUUCCGAGCGUCUUUAGCGGAGAGGGCGCUGCACUUCCGUUUGAUGACCAACUGAAGCCCAAGCCGGCCUUCUACGGCAUUGUUGAUGGUCUCAACGGUAUCACCAACUAA